CUACCGCGGCCGCCCUGCGCCAUGGCGGGCGGCGGGGCGCGGGCCGCGCGGGGCCCCGAGGCGCGCCUCAGCCUGGCCGCCUUCCUGCUGGGCGCGUCGGUGCUGGCGCUGCCGCUGCUGGCGCGCGCCGGCCUGCAGGGCCGCGCCGGGCUGGCGCUCUACGUGGCGGGGCUCAACGCGCUGCUGCUGCUGCUCUGCCGGCCGCCGCGCUACCAGAUCGCCAUCCGCGCCUGCUUCCUGGGCUUCGUGUUCGGCUGCGGCCUGCUGCUGAGUUUCAGCCAGUCUUCCUGGAACCACUUCGGCUGGUACAUGUGCUCCCUGUCCCUGUUCCACUACUCCGAGUACCUGGUCACAGCCGUCAACAACCCCAAGAGCCUGUCGCUGGACUCCUUCCUGCUCAACCACAGCGUCGAGUACACCGUGGCUGCCCUGUCCUCCUGGGUCGAGUUCACCCUGGAGAACAUCUUCUGGCCGGAGCUGAAGCAGAUCAGCUGGCUCAGUGUCACGGGGCUGCUGAUGGUGGUGUUCGGGGAGUGCCUGCGGAAGGCGGCCAUGUUCACGGCGGGCUCCAACUUCAACCACGUGGUGCAGAACGAGAAGUCCGAGAGCCACACGCUGGUGACCAGCGGCGUGUACGCGUGGUGCCGGCACCCCUCCUACGUCGGCUGGUUCUACUGGAGCAUCGGCACGCAGGUGGUGCUGUGCAACCCGCUGUGCGGCGUGGCCUACGCGCUCACCGUGUGGCGCUUCUUCCGGGACCGCACGGAGGAGGAGGAGAUCUCCCUCAUCCACUUCUUCGGCGACGAGUACCUGGAGUACAAGCGGCGCGUGCCCACGGGCCUGCCCUUCAUCCGCGGCGUCAAGGUGGACCUCUGACCGCGAGGGCCCGCCCUGCCCGCGGCCCCCGCUGCUCUCCUGAGGGACCACCCAGAUGCCAGGGGCCGCGGGGGGAGCGGGCGGGCCGUGUGCAGGGCCGGGAUUCGGGGUGACCCGGAGCAAACAUAGCAAUAGUCUCGGGGCCCCGCCCCGCACUCCUGAGCCACUGUGUGCUGCGGUCACCGCGCCCCCCGCACUGCGGCUUCCCCCGCGCGGCUCGUCUCCCCCGUGGGCGGCGGCUGUCUCAGGACGGGCACCUGGGCGGAGCCACGGGCUCCCGCGUUCCCAGCGCACUUACCAUCCGGUCUGUACCAGUAGCUGCACGGAUUCGCGCGGACGCCGCGGGUCAGAACACGCCACUGUGCCCGGAGGAAGCGUGAACGCCUCGGGGUCAGCUGCCUGGUGGCAGCGCCCACCAGACUCCGCCCGGGAGGGUCUCCGCACGCGCGGGAAACGCCCUCCUCCCUCUCCCAAGCACAGCUUCGGAGCCCCUGCUGCGAGGGCCCCCCGGCCACGGCCAGUGCUGCGCCGCUGUCUCCCGUCUCUCCGCCCCUCACACACGCUUGCGUCUAGCCGCGCCCCCUCUCCCACUCUCUCCCGAAGGGGUCCCGGCAAACGCAGCCGCACCCCGCAGGGCCGCUGACUCUUGGUUCUGUUUCCCAGUUGGGGGCUGCGCUGGGUUGUGUUUCUGCAAGGGAAGGUGUCGGGGUCCGUGUCGGGCCCCUGCCAGCGUCCCCACCCGCAACACGAGCCCCACCAGUGCAGGGAACCGGGGUGGGGGUCUCGGGCGGGGGGCGUGGCCAGCUCUCAGAGCUGCUUCAGCUGUGGACCGGGGAGGACCAGGGCGGGGCCCCGGCGACUCCUUUGUGCCGGGCGACCACCGUGGCCGGAGCCCCGAGGGGCCACCGCGAGAGAGCCACUCACCUUUCCGUGCCUACACGUCCCCAUCUGCGGGAUGGGGGGAUACCACCUACCUCACAGGGUGUUGCGGAGACUCGGAAGGACAGUGUCCAGCUUUGGCCCUGAAACCGGGACCCGCGGGAGGCCGCCCGGGCCGGCCAGACUGUGUCCACGCUUCUUUGGACGUGGCCGCGGUGCUUGUCCCUCCCGAGCCGCGGCCUGUGGCUUUCCCCUUCGUUGUCGUACCAAAGAGGGUUACGGGGCUGCCGGCUGUGCCGGGGCCGCCUCGGGCACUGCUGCUGGGCACCGGGCAGGGGGCCCCUCCGGGCGGGACACUCUGGCACCGGAAUCUUCAGGCUGCUCCUAACGCAGAGCCCAGGGCUGGCGAGGUACAGCUUCGGGAACACCCAAGAGCUGCUCCACCCGUCACCUCAUGGGGACCGCCCCGGAGUUCCCUGUGCCGCAGCCCUGCCCAGGACCAGGCCGCAGGGGAGCACGCACCGGCUGUGUUGGGGGUCUCGCCAGCGCAGCUCAGCGGAGAGGUGAUGUCCCCACCCCCUUCCUGCGCCGCGGCUCCCUCGGGAGAGUGAGCUGUGACCGCCAGGGAACCCCGCGGCCCCUCCGCGGUGCGGCUAGACUAGGGUCCCUGCUCCCCGCCCUGGGGGCCGCCGCUCCCAGGCACCUCCCUGCGGCCUUAGUGCACUGCGGUGGCCUCGCAGCCGGCCAGGCCACCCCGGGGGUCCCAAGCGCUUGCUUUUGAGGAAGCUGCCCCAUAGCUAGGAAAGUAACAGUUACUGGAGUAAUUCUUCUACUCUUCUUUUUACAUGCAGAAAUGUUUAUUUAAAUAUUUUAAAUGGAAUUUUCUUUCACAGAUACUAUUCUUUCCAAUUCUUAAAUAAAAUGUACUUGAUUUCA